CUGUACUACGCCCAUGGAGAAGCAGCAACACCGUCUGUGGAUCGGCUGGGGCUGGGCUGGGUGGAUCAGUUCGUUUUGCAGCCUAGGUGUAUAGCAGGCUUUAUUUCACGUCCAAACGCAAGUGAAGGAAUGUCGCCCCGGUGAAAAGGUCAAUAUGUCUACAAAAGGACAUCUACAGGUUUGUCAACAUAGAUCCCUGAUGUUUUCAGUCUGCUGCCAGUCUGUUUAGUUAGUUAACCCAUCUCUUCCUGGAUCAGACCACCCCGCUAAUCACCCUGCUGCACGACACCCUGAGACCCCCCUCAGACACCUGGCCAAUCGCUGGCUCUGAACAGAGUUGCCAUGGACACUGAGUCUAUCCAGUCUGGCUACUCCAGCCACUCCAACAGAUCCAACAGACAUGGGGAGCAGAGUCGGCGUGAGCAUCGUAAGCUUAGCAGUAAGGACAGUAGCCGGUCGGAGAGGUCUGUCAUCAACACCCCCGACGGGCCCACUCAGGCCUCCCCCACCCACAACAAUGAUCCCCUGCUGAAAGACCCCAUCUCCGUGACUGUAGACGAGGCUCCGAGCCUCCAGGAUGAUAACUGGGGGGAGACCACCACGGCGGUGACCGGCACCUCAGAGCUCAGUCUAUCCCAGGAGGAGGUGGUUGGUCUGUGGAAGGUACCGGACGACAGCCAGAGGCAGGGCUGUCAGCUCUACACUCCCCUGAUUCUGGGCAUCUGUGUGGGGCUAGUGGUCCUGGCCACCCCCCUGGCCUUCCUGGUCCUCCCGGCAGUGUUGUGGCCAGCAAGGCUGCAGGCCUGUGGCUCUGCCUGUGAGGGCCUCUUCCUCUCUGUGUCCUGUAAACUCCUCAUUCUCCUGCUUGCUAUAUGGGCUAUCUUCCUGCGCCAGGCCAGUGCCAGCCUGCCCAGAGUGUGUGUGUAUCGAGCCCUCCUGGCCACGCUCACGCUGCUGCUCACACUCUCCUACUGGCUGUUCUAUGGGGUCCGCAUCCUUGACUCACAGGAUGAGGACUACCAAGGUAUCGUCCAGUUUGCUGUGUCUCUGGUGGACUCUCUGCUGUUUGUCCACUACCUGGCCAUCGUGCUGCUGGAGAUCAGACAGAUCCAGCCCUGCUACAGCCUGUGUGUUAUACGCUCCACUGACGGGGAGACAAGCUGCUACAACCUGGGACAGCUCAGUAUUCAGAGGGCAGCUCUGUCUCUGCUAGAGUUCUACUACAGAGACUUUCCUCUUCAUAACCCCGCCCUUCUCUCCGCCUCCAAGCACCGUGCCGCCAAGCACCUGGCUGGCCUCAAGGUCUACUCCAUGGAUGGCCCAGGGAACCCGGCGGAGCCGGCAGAGGGGUCGGGGGGACUGGCGGUGGGGGGCAAGUCUCGGACCAUGAUCUCUGCAGCAGCCAGGCACAAAAACACAUCUCAUAACGAGCUAUACUAUGAAGAGGCAGACUAUGACAGACGGGUGUGCAAACACAGAGCCAGGCUAGUGGUGGCUGUGGAAGAGGCCUUCAUGCAUGUGAGGAGGAUGCAUCAGAAGGAGCAGAAAGUGUCCCCCGGGGAUGUGUUGGAUGUACGGGAGGCAGCCUCGGCCAUCUUCCCCUCCAUGGCCCGCGCCCUGCAGAAAUACCUCCGAACCACCAGGAGGCAGCACUGCCACAGCAUGGACAGCAUCCAGAGACACCUGGCCUUCUGCCUCACACACAACAUGAGCCCCAAGGCAUUCCUAGAGGCCUACCUGUCCCCUGGUCCUACGCUGCAGUACGGUCAAGAGCGCUGGAUGGCCGAUCAGUGGACUUUGGUCAGCGAGGCUGCGGUCACCAGCGGUCUAAAGGAGGGCAUGGUCUUCUCCCUUAGGUGUCUAGACUUCAGCCUAGUGGUCACGGUCAAGUCCAUCCCCUACAUUCGAAUGACCGAGGAGUACGUUGACCCCAAGUCACACAAGUUUACCCUGUGUCUCCAAUCUGAAACAUCAGUCUAACAGACACGGAAAACUGUGGCUAUUCUAGAAUUACAGUAUCUUACCAUUUUAGUAUGUUUUUUGUGUUAUGUUUCUUAAACCCUUUUCUACUUUGAUAUGCUCUUAUUGUGGUAUUUUGUGUCUCUUAAAUUAUUUAAAUGACUGUUUUUUCUAAAGAUUGUUUUGGCUGCUUUGCAAUUUUUAAAUGUUUUAUUGUAUGUGUUUUUAUGAACAGAUGCACAUGGGAUAUUGCAAGAGGAAGUGUUAGCAUAGUUAAUAAACCCUAUGGAUCCCCAGCAUAUAGCUCCUUUGCAGUGAAGAUGAGAGAGAUAGUAAGAGAUGGACAAUAUGCUCUUGAUUUCUAUUGUCCUAAGGCAAACUGGAACACUGAAUUAUGUCAAGGUUUUUUCUAUGCACUGUAGAUGAUCCCUGCAACAUUUUUGUUCUGUGUGUGUGUGUGUGUGCGUGUGUGUGCGUGUGCGUGUGCGUGUGCGUGCGUGCGUGUGUGUGUGUGUGUGUGUGUGUGUGUGUGUGUGUGUGUGUGUGUGUGUGUGUGUGUGUGUGUGUACAAGCUGCAUCUACACACAAUCUGGCUCUACAUGUACCUGUCUCUGGAUCCUCCCUAGGGUUGCUAUAGCAACAUUGAGUAUUUUCAUAUCGUCUGCCCUACUAAUAUGAAUGAAAUACGACCUAACCACCAACAGUUCAGGUUCAGUUGUUUCAAAGUAAAGACUGCUUGUCUUUACCGCCAAUGGAUUCUACAUGUGUUUGUAUUUAUUUAAACGUGUGGGUUAUUUCCA